AUGUCGUCCACUCCCGACAAACGCCGCUCCUCCGCCGGCACCGGCUCGUCCAAGCGGCCGCUCACGCUUGCCAUCCUCAUGUCCGUAUCUUCCCUCAUGGCUCUCUGCGCCAAACACGCCGGCAAAUUCACAACCAAGCUCACCAAAAACACCACCACCAAGAUUCCCAGCCGCCGCCGCCGGCCUCCGCACGGCCUCUCCUCCGACCUCAACGACGGGGUCCACCCGCCGAGAUCGCCGCUGGUGCGUCACUCCAAGCAGCUGCUGACGCAAAUCAGCAACAGGGCCAUCACGCUGGUCCACGGAAACAGGAAUAAUAAGGAUCGGAGAGGCGACAUCAUCGCGCCGGACGAGUUCGGGGACGGCGGUGUGUGGCAGCGGUCGAUCUUGAUGGGGGACAAGUGCCAGCCGUUGGAUUUCUCCGGCGUGAUUUACUACGACAGCUGCGGGAAGCAAGUCAACGAGGUUGCCAUCCGCUCGCCGCGGGCCAGCCCGCUGCCCGGCUACCUGACCCGCGGGCAGUAA